CUACAAGGUGUCACUUGCUUAGAAAAUACUCUUUGGCAAUCAAAUAAGUUUUGUUACCUGAAGAUGUUCCAACUAACUGGGCAAGUGUUGAGCCGAAACGGUCAGCAGUUGGUGCGCUACGGAGCAGUAAGAUGCCUCUCCACAACGGCAAAGCUCAAUUCCGAACCGCCGAAACCGAAUCAAUCCUUCAUGAUGAACGUUUUCAGCGGUAAGGUGCAGACUUCACAACUGUUUCCAUAUCCGGAUCCUCUGAACGCAGAGCAGAAAGAGUACAUUCAGGCGUUCAUCGACCCAGUUAAUCGAUUUUUCAAUGAAACCAACAAUCGUACAAAGAAUGAUGAAACCAGCAAUGUAGACGAAAACACAAUGAAUGCCGCCUGGGAGUUGGGCAUUAUGGGUACCUCCAUUCCGGAGGAAUACGGCGGUCUGGGCUUGACAAACAUGCAAGCAGCGCGUUUGGGUGAAAUCAGCGGAGGUAGCGAUCUAGCCUUCACAAUCCACAUUGGAGCACAUCAAUCGAUCGGAACGAAAGGAAUCUUGCUGUACGGAACGGAAGCGCAAAAGAAGAAGUAUCUGCCACAGCUGAGCACGGGUCGUGUCAUGGGAGCAUUUGCUCUCACUGAGCCAUCGGUAGGGUCGGACGCGGCGUCAGUGAAAACCAGGGCUGUUCUAAGCCCAUGCGGCAAAUACUUCAUCUUAAACGGUUCCAAGCUGUGGUGCUCGGGAGGUGGAAUAGCGGAUAUUUUCACAACGUUUGCCCAAACCGAAGUGGUCGAUCCGAAAACGGGUCAAAAGAAGGAUAAAAUGACUGCAUUCAUUGUGGAGCGUGGAUUCAACGGUGUGAGUUCGGGACCGCCAGAGAAGAAAAUGGGCUUGAAGUGUUCCGUUACGACAGAUGUUUACUUCGAUGAUGUUAAGGUUCCGGUGGAAAAUGUACUUGGAGAGGUUGGCAACGGAUUUAAGGUUGCGGUCAACAUUUUGAAUUCCGGAAGGUUUGGAUUGUGUGCAAUGCUGACGGGCACGAUGCGAGCCUGUAUCGAGAAGGCCGCCGAACAUGUAUCAAACCGUGUUCAGUUCAAGCGUAAAUUGAUGGAGUUUGAAAAUGUCCAGGAGAAACUGGCCAAGAUGGCUAUGCAUCACUACGUGGCUCAAUCGUUGGGUUUUAUGGUGUCGGGAAACAUGGAUGCCGGAUCGACCGAUUAUCACCUGGAAGCAGCCAUUACCAAGGUGUUUGGGACGGAAGCGGGAUGGUAUGUCUGUGAUGAAGCUAUUCAGUUGCUGGGAGGAAACGGUUACAUGCAAGCGCCCGGAUUGGAGCAGUUCCUGAGGGACAUGCGAGUAUUUAGAAUCUUCGAAGGAGCAAACGAUGUGUUGAGAUUGUUCAUCGCACUGACUGGCAUACAGAACGCCGGAAAGCAACUGAAGGGAUUGCAGACGGCAAUGAAAAAUCCACUGAUGAAUCUGGGAACGGUUUUCCAGGAAGGAACGAAACGAGUGUCGCGUAAAAUGGGAGGUUCCGGUACAGAUUUGAGCCCGUUUGUGGCCGAUCCGUUGAAGGACUCUGCGAAAAUGUGUGCUCAGAGCAUCGACCUCUUCAGCCAAACCAUCGAAUCCCUGCUGAUUAAGCACGGUAAGGACAUCGUGGAGCGACAGUUCCUCUUGGCCCGAGUGGCUGACGCGGCCAUUGACAUCUACACCAUGGCGUGUGUAUUAUCUCGUGCAAGCCGGGCCGUCCGGAAAGGUCUACCAUCUGCCGAACACGAAAUUCUGAUGACUCAGACAUGGUGCACUGAGGCUAACUACAGAGUGGAACAAAACAUCCAGCGGAUUCAUUCCGGAGUGUUCCUGGAUAACUACAAGAGGAUGUCGCUGAUUGCGUCGAACAUUUGCAGCCAUCAAGGACCGGCUCACACGAAUCCUUUGGAGGUGGACUAA